GACGUCGAUGUGAAGUGUAUAUUUCUCUGUAGAAGAAAGUCACUUUCAACAAAAUUUUCGAAGCGAAAUCAAGAUAGAGUUGUCUUAAGACCACACUCUAUUAUAAUUUUUCUAAAUAUUUCUAUAAAAUUCUGCUGCAAAUAAGAGGCCUUAUAAUUCGGGAAGACAAGUGUUUCUGGAUUUUUUAUCGUAUUUCUCUCUCUUUCAAGAUGACGCCUACGUUCUGUUGGGUGUUCCUGUUGGCGUUGGUGGGCCGCGCCGCGAGCAUGCCGCAGCCUCUCGUGGUGGACGCCUGCGCUCUCAUCUGCAACCCCGGAGCAGAAACCGAGUCCGAACGAGAGCGGGAUCCGAAGCUAUAUCCUCGAUAUCCCAAGGUGAACUGCAAGCUCCAGUCCGACUCCGAAGAGCAUCAGGCGUGGGUUCUUGCCAGCCACUGCUUGAAACUGUGCAAUCGCGAGUUAACAUUUGCCUCGGAAGCUAAUUGUUUCGCUCUGAGAUCAUCCCUCGGAGCAAACUUAGGAUGUUAUUGUGAAGCUUUCACACCCUUGAGCCCAAACACUAUGCGCCUCUACGAAAGUUGGAGGCUCAAUUUCUUAGUGAAGGAGCUGGCGAAUGACAUCCUCAACGUAAUCGCCAAUUCACCUCUCGAUAAAAUAAUCCUAUGUAAUAUUCACGAGGAAUUAUUCUCCAACAUUCAGUUGGCAAAAACGGAGAACGGAAAUCUUGUGAGUUGUUACAAUGAAACCUCUGCGUCUAGUAAAUCAAAUGAAACGGCCUCUGAAUCACUCCCUGCACCCUCUGCUCUUCAUGGCACGGCAGAAGACACAGGAGAUUGGAGAGAUGCAAUAGCGGAAAAUACAACACCGUAUAGUGAAGAUUUAAGCACACACAGACGGGAAAGGCGGGAUAAUCAUAGAACCAUGGAGAAUGAAAACCAGCCAGAAGAGGGUCACACAGAAGAGAACACAGAAGAGCACAUAGAAGAACCAGUAACAGAAGAGAUGAACAUAGAGGACGGAAGAGAUGUGGUGGAUAAUGAGAGACAUCCUAGAGAGGUCGAAGAAACGAGCGAGCCAAUAUCGUUGUUCGACAAAAUGUGCGAUCAAUGCGCCGAAUACUGUAGAGAGAAAAAACCCUCUAAGGUCAGGAUGUUCUGUAAUUGUGAAAUGGUCAAAACGGAAUGUAAGAAUAACCAUGUUAGAGGUGACCUAGAUGACCUAGGUGAUUGAGAUGAUCUAUGGUAAACUAAAAUAAGUUGAAUUUAUAUAUUUCGCGUAGAUUAAUCGAAUUACGGUAGAGUCCGUUAUAUUAAAAUCAAUUCUAGCCAUAAUCAGAGAGAUUUAUAAGAAAGAAAUGAUAAUUUAAAGCAUGUACAAUUCUUUUGUUAUUUAAAUUGAGUUCUCUCCUGAUGACUCAAUAUUUAUAAGGAAUUUUGAUAAGCUACAUAAAUUUAAAAAAAUUAUUAUUUAAUAAUUGUAAUAUUUUAUAGUAUGCGUAAUUUUAAGAGUUGCAUAAUUUGUUAUUAAAUCUUAACAACAAUCUUAUUCGAUAGCGCUAUAUAACAAUAAUCACAACGUCAACUAUAAUUGGUAAUUAUUUUGUUUUUGUAAAAUAAAGAGAUUUGCUAUCUACUACAUA